UGCACGCCGCCCGCCGAGCCUGCUGCUGGGUGGGAACGCGGUUUGCUGAAAGCAGGUGGAAUCCAGGCACGCUUUGGUUAUUUGCUGAACGCUGUGAAAAUGGAUCAUUCGGGAAACCACUAACCAUCAGCAGCCAGCUUGCUGGGUCCUGUGCAGGACGCUCGUUUCCCAGCACUUAAGCUGCACGUGGGUGGAACAGCAAUGAGAGCCAGUCAGAAGGACUUGGAAAAUGCAGUGAAUCAGAUGAAACUCUUGAAGAAGGAUCCAGGAAAUGAAGUGAAGCUGAAACUGUAUGCGCUAUAUAAGCAGGCCACUGAAGGACUUUGUAACAUGCCCAAACCAGGCAUCUAUGACUUGAUCAGGAAGGCCAAAUGGGAAGCAUGGAAUACUCUUGGCAACCUGCCCAAGGAAACUGCCAGGCAGAAUUAUGUGGAUUUAGUGUCCAGUUUGUGUUCUUCAUCUGAGUCCUCUAGCCAAGGGAAGCCUGGAGCAGACAGGGAACAACCGAGGUAUGAAACCCUGGUGGUGACCUCUGAAGACGGCAUCACAAAGAUCAUGUUGAACCGGCCCACCAAAAAGAAUGCAGUCAACCUUCAGAUGUAUCAAGAAAUCAUACUUGCACUUAAAGCUGCAAGCCAGGAUGACUCAACCAUAACUGUUCUAACAGGAAAUGGUGACUAUUACUCCAGUGGGAAUGACCUGACCAACUUCACUAAUACUCACCCUGGCGAAAUACAGGAGAAAGCUAAAAAUAGUCUCAUUUUAGUGAGGGAAUUCGUAGGCUGUUUUAUAGAUUUCCCUAAGCCUCUGAUCGCAGUGGUGAAUGGUCCAGCUGUGGGAAUCGCCGUCACCCUUCUUGGGCUGUUUGAUAUCGUGUAUGCAUCCGACAGGGCAACAUUUCAUACUCCUUUUAGUCGCUUAGGCUUACAUCCAGAAGGAUGCUCCUCUUACACUUUUCCGAAGAUAAUGGGCCCAACCAAGGCAACAGAGAUGCUUAUUUUUGGAAAGAAGUUAACAGCAGAAGAAGCAUGUGCUCAAGGACUUGUUACUGAAGUUUUUCCUGAUCGUACUUUUCAGAAAGAAGUUUGGACCAGACUGAAAGCAUAUGCAAAGCUCCCCUCAAAUGUCUUGAGAAUUUCAAAACAGGUCAUCAGAAAUAGGGAGAAAGAAAAGCUACAUUCUGUUAAUGUUGAAGAAAGCAGUGUCCUCCAGGGAACAGUGCUGUCCGAUGAAGCCGUGAACGCAGUCAUGAACUUCUUAUCCAAAAGAGCAAAGCUGUGAUGCCUCCUGCAGCAGAGUAAAGCGUCUCCAAGGAAGGGAUGUGCCCUUAUUCCUGAUUUCCAAUACUUGAUCUAAAUAUACUCUACUAUGCCUUUUGUCAGUGCUAAAAUAUCAUCUGUGAUGAUCAUAUUUCACUAGAGUCCUGAUUAAAAACAAAUUAUGUAAAACAA